AUGGCGAACCGCGACCACCUCUCCAUCGAACAGAAGAUCCAGGAAAAGGCACACCAUGAGCACCUCGAGGAACCGUCCCGACACGUCGUGGUGCAAGGAAGUCUGCGUGCCGACAGCGUCACACGCACCUCAUUCGACCGUCGCCACUCACUCACCGUGCCUGGCACCGACACUGGCAGUCGCCGCGAAAGCAUCCGGAAAAGCUUCGACAAGGCCAACAUCGCCAUGGUCUUCCCCGAUUCGACCCACGUCGAAAUGUCCGACGACGAGAUGGGCAAGAACUCGAUCGAUGACAUCUCCCCGUCCUGGUUCGUCUGGCUGGUCGCCCUGACCGCAUCGAUCGCCGGCUCGCUCUUCGGCUACGACACCGGCAUCAUCUCCGCCGUGCUCGUUUACCUCAACGACGACCUGAACAAUCGCCCGGUCUCGUCCAACGAGAAGGAACUUAUCACGUCGCUCUGCUCGGGAGGCGCGUUCAUCGGCGCCAUCAUCGCCGGCCUGACGGCGGACAAGUUCGGGCGCAAGAUGGCCAUCUACGUCGGCUGUGCGCUCUUCACCGUCGGCGCCAUCCUGCAGGCGGCCGCGUACUCGAUCGCGCAGAUGUCGGUCGGCCGACUCGUCGUCGGGUUCGGGGUUGGUUCCGCUGCCAUGGUGGUUCCUCUCUACAUCGCCGAGAUUGCACCCACCAAAGUCCGUGGACGACUCAUCGGGCUGAACAACAUGUCCAUCACCGGUGGACAGGUGAUCUCGUACGGCAUCGGGGCCGCCUUCGCCCACGUGUCUCACGGAUGGCGGUACAUGGUCGGCUUGGGUGCUGUGCCGGCCAUCCUCCUCGCGUGUCUGUUGCCGCUGUGCCCCGAGUCCCCUCGUCAACUCGUCUACCACGGCCGCAUUCCCGAAGCGGAGGCGGUGCUGGCCAAGAUCUACAAGGGCGCCACCCCCGACCAGGGGCGAGCCAAAGGCGCCCUGAUCGCGGCGGCCUGCGGGGGAGCCAAAGAACUCAACGAGGACCAGUCCCGCUGGGCCAAGAUCAAGCAGCUGCACACCAACCCGGCGUACUUCCGCGCCCUGGUCUGCGCGUGCGGCCUGAUGGUCAUUUCGCAAAUGUCCGGCUUCAACGUCCUGAUGUACUAUUCCUCGACGCUGUUCGACAUCGUAGGCUUCUCGAACCCCGUCGCUGUCGGCCUCGUGGUCGCCGGCACCAACUUCGUCAUGACCUGGGUCAACAUGAUGCUGGUCGACCCCAUUGGCCGGCGACGCCUGCUGAUCGCCACCGUCUGGGGCAUGAGCGCCGGGCUGGUGGCCGUGGCCAUCGCGUUCAGCUUCAUCCCCAUCGACACCAAGACCUUGGCCAUUCAAACCACCAAGGUCACCACGCCGGCCAUCGUGGUGCUCAUUUUUAUCAUUUGGUUCGUUUUCUUCUACGGCGUCAGUGUCGGCAAUACCGCGUGGAUGUCCACCGACUUUUUCCCCAUGGAAGUCCGCGCCAUGGGGACCAUGUGGCUGACCUGCUCGUGCUGGGGGUCGAACAUCAUCGUCUCGUCGACGUUCCUGUCGAUGAUGAAGGGCCUGACCCCGACGGGCGCGUUCGGCUUCUAUGCCGCCAUCUGCGGCGUCGGCUGGGUGCUGAUCAUCUUCUUCUACCCGGAGGUGUCGGGCUUGACCCUCGAAGAGAUCGGCCAGGUGUUCGAGCACGGCUUCGGCGUGCGCUACGCGAGCAGGUUGCGCAAGGACCGCAAGGCCGAGAUCCGGCGGCGCCUGAAGGAGCGCGGGCGCACGGUUGCCGUGGGACAUUGA